AUGAAACAUUUUCUAGUUUCUCUGUGUCUCCUGGGAACAUUUCUACAUGCCUUGGCCCAAUGCACUGCCUCAGAGUUUCAGUUGGAGGGAGAUUAUUUGUUGGGUGGACUUUUUGAUAUUCAUCAUAGUGACCCCCCGCUUCGUGACAGACCAGAAGCCAUCUAUUGCUCCAGUCAUCCCUUCCUACUCCCAAGUUAUCGGAGGUUUCAGGUGAUGAGAUUCGCUGUAGAUGAAAUCAAUAACUCUACCAACCUUCUACCAAACGUAUUUCUCGGCUAUGAGAUAUUUGAUCACUGCUCCUCGACACAGAGUUUUCCAGAUGUUGUGAAACUCCUCUCAGUCAAUAACUUGGUCCAACCAUGGGAUGAACCACAUAACAAUCUUUCCAGAAUACUGGGAGUGGUCGGUCCUUAUAGAAGCACCCAGGUCCUCAGUGUAGCCCCACUCUUUAUGAAGGGUCUCAUUCCUAUGGUCAGUUAUGCAGCUUCUAGUUCUGUCUUUUCAGAAAAAGGGAAUUUUCCGUCUUUUCUACGAACAGUGCAUUCCAACAAAAUCGCCAUAGAAGGGAUUGUGAACAUUUUGAAGCACUUCAACUGGCGCUGGGUUGCUUUUCUAAACAGUGAUGAUGAUUAUGGCAAUGAUGGGCUGGCGUUAUUCAUGAAGAAGAUUAAGGAUACUGAAAUCUGCCUAGCAUACAACAAAGGUCUGAAUCAAUAUACAAACCACUCCCAAACAUUUAAACAGAUAGAGGCACAGAAAAUAAACACCAUUAUUGUUUUUGCUCCAGAUUGGACUGCUGAAGCUCUCAUUGAGUCGGCAAUACAACUGAAUUUCACCAACAAAGUGUGGAUCGCAGAUGAGGAAUGGUCCUUAAACAAGAAUCUCCCAAAGAUAAAAGGAAUCAGAAAUAUUGGAACUGUAAUUGGAAUUUCAGAACAAGCAGUGAAAGUACCUGGUGUCAAUGAUUUUAUCUAUUCUUCAAGAAGACACACUUAUUGUGAAAAUGCAUCACAAAAUAUACACUGUAAUCAGUUUUUCAACCGCAGCAGCCUGAGCACAGAAGACGUCGUUGCUGCAGACCCAUCUUUUAAUUUUCCUGUUUACACUGCUGUGUAUGCCAUCGCUCAUGCCUUACACAAUGCCUUGCAAUGUGAAUCUGGCAGAUGUAAUGACAAUAUUACAGUCUUCCCACACAUGGUUCUAGCAGAGCUGAAGAAGUCCAAAUUUACUCUUUUAAAUGAGAGCAUUCGGUUCGAUGAGAAUGGUGACCCUAACUACGGAUCAUAUUCUGUCGUUUUCUGGAACCACAGUGGUGAUGCAGAGGAGAUUGGCUUGUAUACAUUUCAUGGAUCAGUCCAUUUCUUUAUCAAUAACAGCAAAAUGCAUUGGUACACAAAUGGAGAAGCGCCUACUUCUGUGUGUUCCUCAGAAUGCCCUGUUGGAUUUGCAAAAAAGUAUGCUGGAUCCCACAAAUGCUGCUUUAAUUGUAAAAUCUGUCCAAAUGGAAGUUAUGUCAACAUCACAGAGGAUCCCUACAGGUGCAUCGACUGUAAGGACACCGAAUGGUCUGCAGCAGGAAGUACAUCAUGCAGCCUGCGGUCGGUGGAGUACAUCCCGUUCACAGACACCAGGGCUAUACUGAUCAUGGUGGGGGCCUGGGACUUGGUGGGCUUCACACUCGCUGUAUCUGUUCUCUUUGCCAUCAACUACAACACACCUGUUGUCAGAUCUGCUGGGGGACCAAUGUGCUUCCUCAUUUUAGUCUGCCUCAGUCUGUGUAGUAUAAGUGUGUUAUUUUACUUUGGUGAACCAACAACUUCCUUCUGUAUCCUGAGGUUUUUACCAUUUCUCUUGUUCUACACAGUUUGUCUCGCCUGUUUCGUUGUGCGUUCUUUUCAAAUCGUUUGCAUCUUCAAAAUAGCCGCCAAGUUCCCCAAACUCCACAGUUGGUGUAUCAAGUAUCAUGGACAAUGGCUGGUCAUCACUGUGGCAUUUGGUAUUCAGGCACUCUUACUUCUUAUUGGAUAUACUUGUUCCCCUCCUGAGACUAACAAGGACACAGAUUUGUAUCCAGACAAAAUCAUACUUGGUUGUGACCUUGACCUAAAAGCCACCGCUGGUCCUGUGCUUUUCCUCUUGUCUUUGUGCUUCCUUUGCUUUAUUUUCUCCUACAUGGGGAAAGACCCGAAAAAUUACAACGAGGCCAAAGCAAUAACCUUCUGUCUGCUCCUGCUGAUCCUCACCUGGAUGACCUUUGCCACUGAAUAUAUGCUUUACCACGGAAAGUACAUCCCAACACUAAACGCUCUGGCCAUACUGUCCAGUCUCUACUCCUUUCUGGUGUGGUACUUCAUCCCAAAAUGCUACAUCAUGAUUUUUCAAUCCCACAGAAACACACAUGAGUACUUCCAAGGACUCAUUCAGAAUUAUACCAAAACAAUCAGCCAGUAG